UGGGAGGAGGGUGUCGCCCCGUCAGAGCCCCUGUAACACCGUCAGAGCCCCUGUAACACCGUCAGAGCCCCUGUAACCACCGUCAGAGCCCCUGUAAAACCGCUGAGGAUGGCACAAGAGCUGGAUAACCUUAAAGUUCUUCCAAGUUAUAACGUCGAGAAUAUAAUUAUUGACGAAUUUCAGAGAUGUAAAGGCCACUGUUACCUUGAUCAUGCUGCAGCAACAUUGUACAGUGACAGCCAGAUUAAGGAUACACUAAGUGAGCUUCAGUCAUCAUUGCUUGGCAACCCCCACUCCCGACACUUCCCCAGUGACACCUCCACACAGUUAAUUGAGUCUGUGCGCCAAAGGAUCUUAGAACACUUCAACACCACAGCAGUAGAGUAUGAUGUCAUCUUCACCUCAGGAGCAACUGAAGCUUUAAAGAUUGUUGCUGAAAAUUUUCAGUGGAAUGGCAGCUCUAAAGCCUUUCAUGGACCUGACAAUGAUAUUGUACCUAAAAAUAAUUCUGAAGAACAAGUCCACCAGAAACACCCAGAAGUUGAAGACUGUAGUACUGACAGUAGCACAGGAUCCAGUGAGAAGCAAGUGAUAGAAGCAAGUCCUGGUGCAUUUGUAUAUGUGAGAGAGAACCACACCUCAGUCUUGGGGAUGAGAGGUCUGGCUCACCAGGCAGGUGCUGAAGUCUAUUGCCUCCCGUACAAAGAAGCUCUUGAAAUAUUUCAAAAAGCUCCCUAUACAUAUUUAGUUGGUGAUAACAUUGAUUCAUUUAUUGAUGGUAAUGGUAGGAAGGAAUCCACAGAGCCACCAGAGGAAAAUGAACAACUGAAAACAAGAAAUAUUGACAGAAUGAAUGAAGAAAGUUUUAGCAACAGAAGAAACUGCCUCUUUACUUACAGUGGGCAGUGUAACUUCUCAGGAGCAAAAGGGCCUCUGGAGUGGAUAGAACAAGUCCAGAAUGGUGCACUGAAUGACUUCUUAAAGAAGUCUCCAAUCAAUGAUCAAAAUAGUUUAAUGAAAGCCAACACAUCUGACCUACGAUGGUUUGUGUUGCUGGAUGCUGCUGGGUUGUCUGCCACUUGUCCUCUUGAUUUGUCUAGGUGGCAGCCAGACUUUGUUCCUGUCUCCUUCUACAAAAUUUUUGGAUAUCCAACAGGACUAGGAUGCUUGCUUGUGAGGAACACAGCUUGGCAGUUAUUGAAUAAAAGCUAUUAUGGGGGAGGUACAGUACUCAUGGUUGACUCCAGGCAGAUGGUGCUUGUACCACGACCCAGACUUCAUGACAGAUUUGAGGAUGGAACACUUCCCUAUCUCAGUAUUCUUGCCAUCAGACAUGGUCUUGAUACAGUCACCAAACUUACAGGUGGUAUGGGCAACAUCCAGCAACAUGUGUUCCACCUGGCCAGAUACACUCACCACGCCCUCAAAAGCUACAGACACGCUAAUGGAUCUCCUGUUGCUCGCCUGUACUCUGAAGAGGACCAGUGGGACGUCAACACACACGGGUCCAUUGUUAACUUUAAUUUGUUAAAUUCAGAUGGAUCCUAUGUUGGAUAUGCCCAGGUAGAGAGAGUGGCCUCCCUGUACAACAUUUACCUAAGAACAGGGUGUCUGUGUAACCCUGGAGCGUGUCAGACUCACCUUGAUAUCUCUCAGGAAAAUUUGCUCCACCAGUAUGAGGCUGGACAUGUUUGUGGAGAUGCUCAGGACUUAGUGGAUGGGUUGCCAACAGGUUCAGUGCGUGUCAGCUUUGGCUACAUGAGUUCAUAUAAGGAUGCUGACCUUCUUCUGAAGAUGGUACGAGAGUGUUUUGUUGACGGACCACUAAUGUUGGAGUUGUCUUGGAUGAAGAAAAGUGUAGUGUUACCAUCCAGGACUAAUGUGGGUAAAGGUCCUGGUGAAGAUAAAUUACAUGAUGGAUGUGGAAAUGUUGCAACACAUGACAAAGUAACGGUUAUUAGUGCAUGUAUUGAUGUUGAAGGUCUCAAGUUUAGCGACAGUGAAACAGAUGUGAUAACAGAGAGGAGCUUAAAACUUUUAGAUUCAAAAUAUAAUUCACAACAGUCACACAAUGUGAUAGAUGAGAAUGAAAAAGUUGCAGCCCCAUGUGUUGCCGGAGAGUUAAGUAACAGUGAGGCAGCCAGUCUAACACUUACUGAUAUUAUUAUAUAUCCAGUCAAGUCAUGUGCUGGAUUUAAGGUGCAGAAAUGGAACAUAAGUCUGGAAGGUCUCAAAUACGACCGACAGUGGAUGAUAGUGACAAGUUCUGGUGUGACAUUAACACAAAAGAGGCUCCCACUCAUGAGUCUUAUUACACCUCACAUUAACCUGGAGGCUGGAACUCUCACGCUUGCAUAUAAAGGUGAGAUGGACGUGAGUGUGCCUCUUGAACCUCCAGUGUCAACAACAACUGAGAUGUCUGUGUGCGGAGGUCGUGUGUGUGGUGAUCGGGUGAGAGGAUUAAACUGUGGACCAAAGGUUGGCAGUUGGCUCUCUCAAAUGCUGGGCCAACCUCACCUACAACUGAUGCAGCAGAUGAGCAAACGAACAGGGAAACUGGAGUCUGAUGUCCAUGGACACUUGAGGGAGAGUCUGUCUCUGGUGAAUGAGUCUCAGUAUCUUGUGCUCCACAGACCAAGUGUUCGCAAACUUAUACUUGAAAUACAGAGAAGAGGACUAAAUGAAUUGACUGAAGACGAACUUUUGAUGCGAUUCAGAGGGAAUAUUGUGGUGGAUGGAGGAGACCCUUACGAGGAAGAUACCUGGUCCUCCAUGGCUAUAAAUGACCUUCACUUCCAGAUACAAGGUGGAUGUAGACGAUGCCAGAUGGUGUGUGUUGUCCCUGACACUGGAGAACGUACCAGAGAGCCAAUGUUAACACUUUCGGCUACCAGAGGUUCAUCUAUGAAGUUUGGCGUCCAUGCUAUGACAGUCAUUGCUAAGGAGUCCACAAAUAUGCCAGAAUUGAAUCUUUUUGUUGGAGCACCAGUAGUAGUGUACACAAGCAACAUUGAUGCCAGAUCACAGUCAUGACGAUAAUAAGAAGAUAGGAAUAGCUGUCACACUGUAUGGACUUUGAAUAUAAACCUCUUUAUUUCUGAGUAGCAAAGAUAUGUGAUACAGGGUAAUGAUGUUCUGAAUAUGUGAUAUUUCUCACUAGUAUAUAAGGGGUCAUUGAUUUACACCCAUCCAUCCAACCACACUUCUUAUCAGGAUAAUGUAAAACAUAUCCAGGGUAGACUACUGUACAAUUCUUUAUGUGCAUCUCUGGAUUAUUUAAUUAUGUUUUUGAGACCAUUUGGUUGAUUUGUUUAUCAGUGGGGUACAGUACAUUUAGAAAUAACUCCAAUUUUUAUGCCAGCAUUGCAAAAGCAGGUGGGACAGGGUAGCAUAAUGACUUGCACCAGUAAUGUCUGUAUCCUCCAA